AUGAGUAAUCGAACACUUCGCAAGAUUUUACACCAAGACCUUGACUUUCACCCCUAUACUUUCAUGGUAGGAACUAAACCAUUGCGACCGAUAUUGAAGCGUUAUUGUUGUGCAGCGACAACGCUUCGUAACGGUUUAGUUCCUAAACGUGACACAAUCAACAGGUGGGUACAUAAUUUUAAAACGACGGCAUCAGCAAUUAAUCCAAGACCUAAAAGUCGUCCCCGAAGUGUAAGGACACCAGCUUCCGUAGAAAAGGUGAGACAAGCAGUAACUCAAAGUCCGCAGCGUUCUGUCCGAAAACGGGCUGCAGCAGUAUGA